AUGGAGAGAGUAUCCAAGGGCCUUUCAAAGGCUAAGGAAGAUGCCAUCACAAGUUAUCGUACCGAUGCCAACUACAACAGGGUCAAGCGCUGGGCUGGCCCUAUUGCUCGCCGCAUCCCAUCUGCCACGGCUGAGUAUCUCAUCGAAAAGGUUCCCAUUAUCCAAUGGCUGCCCAGGUACGACCCCAAAUGGCUGCUGAACGACUUCAUUGCCGGCAUCACUGUCGGUGUCAUGUUUGUGCCCCAGGGCAUCUCCUACGCCAAGAUUGCCACUAUUCCAGUCGUUCAUGGCCUGUACUCCGCCUGGAUUCCAUCUUUGCUAUACCUCUUUAUGGGUACUUCAAAAGAGGUGUCUACUGGCCCAACAUCGGUUCUUGGUCUCCUCACCGCUGAGGCGGUAGCUUCCAUGCCGGAUGAGGACCCAGCCACAGUUGCUUCGGCCGUGGCCUUCAUGGUUGGCGUCUACGCUCUCAUUGUUGGUGCUCUCAAGCUAGGUUUCCUCCUCGAUUUCGUCAGUGGCCCGGUUUUGACUGGCUGGAUUUCCGCCGUUGCCUUGGUCAUCUUGCUUGGACAAGUCGGCUCGCUCGUCGGUCUAACGGUCGGCUCUACAACUGUCGAGAUCAUUCGCGGUGUACUCGGUCAUCUUGACAAGAUCCAGGGAAUGACGGCCUGCAUUGGUUUGACCGGCAUUGCGAUGCUCCUUAUCUUUGAACACGUUGGCAAGACUCUUGGCAAGAAGAACAAGUGGAUCAAGUUUGUCUGCACCAGUCGAGCAGCAGUUGUUCUUGUCAUCUACACUCUGAUCUCCUGGGGUGUUAACAAGAAUCGAGCUGAGACUGAUUACAUGUGGGCUGUGACUGAGAUCAAGUCUAACGGUCUUGCCAAGGCUAAAACUCAUGACACUGCCCUUCUCGCCAAGGUGGCUGGUCGAGCUGUUGCCCCGUUCAUCGCCAUGUCCAUCGAGCAUCUAGGUGUUGGAAAAGCCUUUGGACUUCGAAAUGGAUAUGACAUUGACCGCUCUCAAGAGCUGUUGUUCCUUGGAACUGCCAACAUGGUUGCCAGUAUUCAAGGCUCGAUGGCUUCUGGAGGCGCCAUGAGCCGCACAGCUGUCUCCAGCGAGGCCGGUUCCAGGUCUCCGCUCAACUUCAUCUUUACUUCCGGAUUUGUCCUCUUGACUCUCUACGAGCUGGCUCCGGCCCUGUACUGGAUCCCCAAGGCUACUCUUGCUGCUAUCAUCAUCAUGGCUGUCGCCCAUCUCGUUUCCCCUCCCAAGCUCUUUUACCGAUACUGGAGAAUCAGCUUCAUCGACUUUGUUGGCUCCAUGCUAGGAUUCUGGGUGACACUCUUCACUUCCACUGAGAUUGGACUGGCCGUGUCUGUUGGUUUCAGCUUGGUAUACACCCUUCUCAGGCUUGCUUUCCCACGACUGGUCAAAGUUACCCAUGCGCAGACUGAGAACAAUCACUGGACGCUCUCAAAAAGCCGCCCUAAUGACCCGGAGAUUGAUGUUCCCCCUGAGGCAUACCUUGUCAAAUUUACCAGUGACCUCUUGUUCCCCAACGCCGAACGUCUCAAGAACUCAAUUGUCGAAGACAUCAAGGUUCGCUACGCGCCCACCACGACAAUGGUACAGGCUGCCGAGAAGAACCGAAUGUGGAACGACUCAACGAAGCGCCGAAUUACCAAGAUCCGCCACCGCGAACAAAUCUCGCCCAUUGAAACCGACCAUUCUCCUCUGCGCUACAUUGUACUUGAUUUUGGAAUGAUUUCAUUUAUUGAUACAACCGGCGUUCUACUCCUUAUUGAAUUGAAGAUGACUCUACGCAAGUACUUGGGCAAGGAGUUGCAGUUCCGCUUUGUCAACAUGGCUCCUCAGGUGCUUGAAAGAUUCACUCGAUCAGAGUGGGAGUUUGCUCGCGAAGGCGAAGAGAGAACCGGAAAUGAAGACGUCAUCUACUCCUCUUUCGAGGUUGCUCUUUUGCACCGCGAUGGAGAUGAGAAAGAUGAGAAGGUUGAGUUUGUGGAAAAGACUUUGGACGUGUAA